GAAAACGCCCUUCCUUCAGGUUCUGGGCGUGGACAUCCAUAGUCCCUGACCAAAGCCGGAGGUUGGCGUUACAAGCUCGCGGUUGCGCACGGCGUGAGACGCGUGGAAGCCAAGUGAGCCCAAGCUCUCGGUCUCAGUCUCUGAAUGUGGACCGUCAAAGCUGGGAGGAAAGAAUGCCUGCAGCCCGAGGGAAAUCAAAAUCCAAGGCACCAGUGACUUUUGGGGACUUAGCCAUCUACUUCUCACAGGAAGAAUGGGAAUGGCUGAGUCCCAAUCAGAAGGAUUUGUACGAAGAUGUCAUGUUGGAGAACUAUCACAAUCUGGUCUCAGUUGGACUUGCCUGCCGGAGGCCAAAUAUCAUCGCCUUGUUGGAGAAAGGGAAAGCACCAUGGAUGGUGGAGCCAUCAAGAAAGCGCCGGGGUCCUGAAUUAGGGUCUAAGGAUGAGACCAAGAAGUUACCACCAAGUCAAUGUAACAAAUCUGGGCCAAGCAUCUGUAAGAAACCAGAUUCUUCACAAAAGGUUCCCACAGAGAAGGCAAAACAUAACAAGAAUUCAGUCCCAAGAAAAAACAAGAAAGGGCAUUCAGGCAAGAAAUCUUUAAAGUGUAAUAGCUGUGGGAAAACCUUUUUUCGAAGCUUUUCUCUUAAACUCCAUCAAGGCUUUCACACUGGAGAGAGGUCUUAUGAGUGCAGUACUUGUGGACAAGUUUUCAGGCAGAUCUUAUCUCUCAUUCUUCACCAGAGAGUUCACACUCAGAAUAAAAGCUAUGAAUGUGAUAAGUGUGGGGACAUUUUUAAUAAAAAGUUAACUCUGAUGAUUCAUAGAAGAAGUCAUAAUGGAAAGGAAAAUUUUCACCAUGAGAAGGCUUCAGAUUCAUGCCCAUCCCUCAGUCCACACCAUAAUAAUCACGCUAUUGACAGCAUUCACCAGUGCAGAAAAUGUGAGAAAGUCUUCAGCCGGAUGUCAUCCCUUUUACUUCAUAAGAAGAUUCACAACAAAAAGAGAAUACAAAAAUACAGUGCAUGUGGGAGAGGCUUCAAAAAGAAGCCAGUCCUUGUACAUAGAAGAAUUUGUAUUGGGAAGAAAACUCAUGAAAGUAAGGCCUUAAUUCAGAGUCUCAGGCAGAGAACUUGCCAGUCAGAAAACCCUUUUACGUGUAGGAAAUGCAGGAAGUCCUUUAGUAGGAUCUCAGCCUUAAUGCUUCAUCAGAGAGCUCACACUUCAGGGAACCCCUACAAAUGUGAUAAGUGUCAGAAAGACUUCGGACGGCUUUCAACCCUUAUUCUGCACCUCAGAAUUCAUAGUGGGGAGAAGCAGUUUAAGUGCAACAAGUGUGAGAAGGUAUGCAAUCGCCUUUCAUCCUUCAUUCAGCACAAGAAAAUCCAUAAAAGGAAAAAGAAACUCAUCGAGUGCAAGGAAUGUGGAAAGAUGUUUGGUGGAAUGAAAAACCUUAAAGUACAUCUCAACAUCCAUUCGGAAGAGAAACCUUUCAAGUGCAAUAAGUGUAGUAAAGUUUUUGGCCGUCAGUCAUUUCUUAGUGAACAUCAAAGAAUUCAUACUGGAGAGAAGCCCUAUCAGUGUGAAGAAUGUGGGAAAGCCUUCAGUCACCGGAUCUCUCUUACCCGACAUAAGAGAAUUCACAGCGAGGACAGACCUUACGAAUGUGACCUGUGUGGGAAAGCCUUCAGCCAGAGUGCUCAUCUUGCUCAGCAUGAAAGAAUUCACACUGGAGAGAAGCCUUACGUGUGCAAAAUAUGUAAGAAGUCCUUCACUCAGCGCAUAUCCCUCAUUCUACACGAAAGAAGUCACACUGGGGAGAAACCUUACGAGUGUAAUGAAUGUGGGAAGGCAUUCAGUAGUGGCUCGGACCUUAUCCGACAUCAGCGAAGUCAUUCUUCAGAGAAACCAUAUGAAUGUAGCAAAUGUGGUAAGGCAUAUAGCCGGAGCUCUUCUCUGAUUCGACAUCAGAGUAUACAUUCGGAGGAAAUGUCCUAAGGCUGUCGCUAUAUCUGCAAAAGCUAAAAAGGACAUCAAAGAAGUGUUCAGAGACAUGGAGGAUGUAAGUGUUCUUGACUUAUGAUGACGUAUGUCCCAAUAAACCCAUCGUAAGUUGAAGCGUCUGAGACAAACAGAUAUUUAAUAUACCUGACCUACCAAAUGUGAUCGUUUAGCAGCACAGUGUAAUGUGGAGUCCCAGUUGUUCACUCUCCUGACUGUAUGGCUUUCUGGAAGCCAUGGCCUGAUCCCGCUGCCCAGCAUUGUGAGAGUUAGUAUCCUGCGUACCAUCCGCCUAGGUCACUUUUACCCAAUUCCUAGUUGAACGGAUAUUGUUUCUGUACUAUUGUAAUGCUAAAAAAAAUCAUAAAUUGGGAACUAUCUGCCUAUAACAUGUUUUGUGUAAGUGGGGCUGUUAUAAUAUUCUCCCUUUGAAAGCCAAAGAACAAAAGUAGUCGGUGGAUUUUGAAGUGAAGAUCUGAAAUCAGCUGAGGUAUGCUCAGAAUUUUGGAUCAGGGUUUGUGAAUGAAGGUGUUUUUCAAUUGGCAUUUCAUUUCUAGUGUAGUGGAGCUUUGAGCCUGAGUUGAGGUCCCAGGAAAAUAGAGUAUUAAGUCUAACAGGCAAACCAGGCAAAGUAGGGUGCCUCUUUCUCCUGACAGAUCUGUGUUGGGGUGAGAACAAAAAGAGUGAGUCCUUAGGUUGCUAGAAAUAGUAGCUACAGUGGGUGUGGAAAAGUAGUCAAUACCACAAAAGAUACCCUGAGAAAAUUUUUUAAGACAAGCUGGGGGCUUGGGCAGGAGAUACUGAAAAAUGAGGAACUUCAGAGCAGGGAGAAACUAUUUUUUACUUUUUUUACUUGAAAAUAAACCGUCUAUAUUUAUAUAAGUAAACAGUGUUUUCAUGCAAUAUUUCCAGUUGCUGUACAAAAAAUUACUCUUGAGAUACAUGUUUGGGUUUUCAUGGUCUGGAUAUUUGUGCCAUCCCAAAACUCAUAUGUUGAAGCCCUAACUCUUCAAUAUGGUGAUAUUUUGAAAUGAGAUUAAUGAAGUCAUGAUGUGGAUGGGCCUUUUUGAUACGCUUUGAUCAGUCACACAAGAAGGCUUUGUCUUCUUCUGUCCCAUGCAAGAACACAAGCAGGCCAUCUGCAAAACAAGGAAAACCCCUCACCAGAACCUGACCAGUUUGGUAUUCUCAUCUUGGACUUCCAGCUUAUAGCGGAACUACGAGGACCUAGUUUCUCUGAAGUCAGCCUGUCUGUGAUCCUGUGUUAUAGAGCACCUCAAACUGAUUAGUUCGUGGAAGAACUCCUAGGUUAAGGUACUGGCUGUUUUCCUUUGGCCUGUCCAACACGUUCAAUUUAUUUUUUUUGUGUGUGUGUGUGUCUCCUUUUCUAAUCUUUGUAAGCUAUUUAAAAAUAAAGUCUGAAUUCUUUUGUAUGAUUAGGUCAUAUACAA